AUGAAGAUCAUGUUCAACUUCUGGGGAAUCACUAGGCUAGUGACGGAUAUCUACUUGAUGACUCACCGCCACAAGACAACAAUAUUCACCGAGGCUAAAGAGACAACAACUGUGCAUGAGCUGAAAAAGAUGGUGGAGGGAAUACUGAAGAAGCUACCAGAGGAGCAGUGUCUCUACAAAGAUAACCAGCUACUGGAUGAUGAUCAUAGGACUCUGUUAGACUGUGGCUUAAGCAGCCAAAGCUGCCAUCCUCAUGUUCCUGCCACGGUGGGCUUGGCUCUAUUCAGACCUGGCAAUGGCACCUUUGGACCACUGUGCAUUGACCCCUUCCCAAGCACCUCAGAGCUACCUGAUGUCAUGAAGUCAUGUGCGUCUGGUAAAAGCUCUAGUAAGCAAGCCUUGUGUUAA